UCUCUCUAUUCUUUCUUUUUUCUCUCUCUGGAUGUUUUUUAUGAAUCAAAUCAAAACGACUGAAAUAAAAACGUUCUUCGAUCAUCAACCUUUAACUGCAUCGCUGACCUGAUUGUUGAUGAGCAGCAGUUUUCACGCUCUGGGUCAAAACCACUGGUCUAUGGCGCGAUAUUAGUGCCAAAACUAAAACUAGUUUUGGCACUAGCUAGUCUUAGUUAGUGGCUCUUUUGUUUCCUCAGGAAGUUAAAGUUACUGAUCAGAUUAACGACAGACCGACAUCGCUAGAUGAAAACUGGGAGAGCGGCCAUUUUUCAUGAUGACAUUUCUUUUAAAGGAAAAAGUCACAGGUGACUAGCCAAGACAUGCUAACAGCUAGCCUAAUGCUCACCUAUGCAAUGCUAAUGCUGAGUCAUGCUAGGUACUAGCCUCUCUAAUGCUAACGCUAGCUACAGGGAGGAUGUAGCCUCCUGCUAUAAGGAAGUAGCCCCCGCUGGGUGCUCAGUGGUGCUAAUUUUGGCCCUAAUGUUGCUCCGUAGAAAUCUGAAUUAGCAGAGGAAAACUCAGUCUGCUUCAUCCGUCCAGAAGCUGGGAAAUCUGGGGAUAUCGUCUCUUCACAUCGCGCUGCUGAUGAGACUGAGGAUGAGGAGUGGUUGCCAUGGCGACUGAACUGGGUUACCCCCCAUCUCCCUCCCUCUGCUCGGCUGUCUACCUGCUGUCGUCCCACAGCCUCCACAGGCAGACAGACUGGGAGUCCUGGGUCUGAGCUGAACGUGUCAAGCCGCCGUCUCAGAAGCUAAAUCGGGCCGAACCGCCGGCUAAAAAUACCCGCCUGGAGCGGCCCGGAGUUUCUAUCCACGGAGAAGCUGGAAAACACCUCAGGAAUGCGUCGCCGUGGGAACGCCGAGGGAACGCCGUGGGAACCGAGUUCCCUGCAUCCAAUACAGCCAGUGGGCGAUGCGUUCAAGGCCUGUGGGACAAAUGAGGACAGCUGGCUCAAUUACAACAGAACUCAGAAAACUGAUGGAGGAUUUCUGCUAAAAACUUUCAGCGUCUCUGGAACUUCAGUUUCACUGUAAACCUGAAACUUCAGGGAAAUUUAAUGGAAUUUAAGAAAAAUUUAAUUUAAAUAAAUUUAAUACAUUUUUCAUUAAAUGACCUGGAAAGUUUGUCAUCCAAUCUGCUCUUUUUACUCUGACACCCUGAAAUAAAAACCUGUUCCAACGUGAAAAUGUUUCCAGUUUGCUCCAAGCGAAGGAGAUCAAAUUUAAUUUAAAACCAACUCACCUGAAACAUGGUGGUGGCAGCAUGAUGCUGUGUGAGAUGAUGAGUUCAUGAGGUGAAACAAAACAAACAGCUGGACAAUGUAGAUCAUGGCCUAGUCAAAGUCCAGACCUGAAUCUAAUUGAGAAUCAGUGGAGAAACUUGAAAAGUUGUUUCCAAACUCUGGACUGGACAAAACUGUAAACAAAACUGUUUGUUUAUAAACAAAACUGUUUGUUUAUAAACAAAACCUGUAAACGAAACCGUUUGUUUGUAAACAAACCUGUAAACGAAACGGUUUGUUUGUAAACAAAACCUGUAAACGAAACCGUUUGUUUGUAAACAAAAGCGUUUGUUUGUAAACAUGUGGAAGGCGGUUCAGUUGACGGCGCAGCAGGAAGUGAUGUAGAAGCACCAGAGCAGCGUUUCCUGUGGCCCGGUUCUGGUUCUGAACCGGAUGAAACAGGAAGUGGAGCGAACCGUCCUCAGCCUGCUGAAGGGGGCGUGGCCAGGACUCUGUGACAUCACAGUAACAGUUUUCUUUCAUCAGAACUUCAGGGUUUGUUUUCACAGAAGCUUUUCUCCAGGCUCCAGCAGAACGACCUCUGACCUCUGACCUCUGACCUGCUCAGGAAGUUCUGCUGAAUCCGUCCAGAACUUUGAUCGGGUCGAUGGAGCCGUUUAGUUUUAUUUAGCUGUAAAGCUGAGAUGAAGAUGACAUCUUCAUCGCCUCCUCCUCUUCCUCCUCCUGAGGGAUGAAGAGCAGCAGAUGCCGUCUCCUCCUCUUCAUCAUCUGACUCCAUCAGGAGGAGAUUCCUCUAAUCUUCCUCCUCCUCCUCUUCAUCGGGUCCUGGUGGAAACCAAACCUUCCAGAUGUUUCCUUCCUCUUCACCACUCCUCCUCUUUUUUAUCCUCCUCCUCCUCUUCCUCCUCCUCUUCGUCGUGUCAGCCUGCUGAUGAAGCUGCUGCCUGAUUAAGGCGUUGGCUCCACAGAUGUUCCCCCAGUGAUGGAUCGCUUCAUUUAUUGUCUGAGGGCUGAAUGUAAUAAACUCAUUAGUAAACUCCCAGAGCGGGCGGCCUGUCAGAGAGAGAGAGAGUGUGUGUGUCACAGUGUGUGUGUCACAGUGUGUGUGUCACAGUGUGUGUGUCACAGUGUGUGUAUUGUCACGACCUCCAGCUCCGCCCUCAGCGUCUCUGACGGCUCAUUAGUGUGUUUUUUCUCCUGGGUGAUUCUGACUGAUUGGUUUGAGGAGGUUCAACCAGUGAAACCAGUCUGACCAGUGAAACCAGUCUGACCAGUGAAACCAGUCUGACCAGUGAAACCAGUCUGACCAGUGAAACCAGUCUGACCAGUGGCAAAUGAGAAGAAGACUAGCUAGCGUUAGCUUUGGAGAGACAGGUGACUAGCAUGGCUGAAUUGGUGACCCAUCAGAUUGCCUUUUUCCUCUGCUGGCCAUUAGCACAGAUAUGCUAGCAUUUGCAUUAACUAGGCUAAUGUUAGCCUUGGAUAUGCUAACAACUAGCAUGUCCAGGCUGCUCAUCUGUGACUCGUAUUUUCUUCUUUGAUGGAAACUUUAUCUAGCUAAGUAGUUGUCAUGCUAAGCGUCAUGUUAGCUGCAUUGAUUCGUUUUGAGUUUUAAGAUCCAGACAGACAGCUAGCAUAAACAUGCUAUAUUAAACACAGUUCCUGUAGUUUGUUCCUGUUGUUUGUGUCAACAGGCUCGGUGAACAUCGGAUGCCUGUUGAAGGGAAUCAGUUCUUUGGACCUGGAAGCAGAACCUUCUAUCUGAGCACCGGACCGAGUCGUGGCUACGGAUCCAGAUCCGAAUCCGGAUCCGUGGUUUGCUUUCGGUGAACGGUUCCUCCGCCGGCAGCCAGCUGGCCGCCGCCGCCGCCGCUGCUGCUCUUGUUUGUUUGCCAGUUUAUUUCUGCUCUCUGCAGAGCUAUCAAUAGAGCCACAUGCGGGCUGCAGAACCUCUGAGACCCGGCCGUCAUGACCCAGUUCUACUGGGUUCUGCUGCAGGAUCUCAGAAUCUCUGAUCAUUUCUGAGCAGCGGAAGGAAUCGGUUCUGGUUCCUGAAGAGUUCUGGUUUGUUCUGGUGUCCAGAGAGAUAAAAUGAUUCUGGUUGUUUACAGACCUGAUCAAUCAGGAAUUGAUUUGUCUGAUUGAUCAUGUUGCAGUUUUUCUCUGCUGUAGUUUAUCGUCUCCUGAAUAUUUUGUCUUUUAGUGACUUUUAGUUUUUAUUUUAUGAUAAUGUAUUUAUUGGUUUUUCUUUCCUCUGUUUCUCUAAAUGUUUUAUUUUUCCUGUUUUCAUUUCAUUUUCUCUUGCUCUUUGUUUCUUUUCCUUUAUGAAUCCUGAGGGCCCCAUCUGGCCCCGGAGCCGCAGCUCCAUCCCCGCUGAUCCGGCUCAGCUGAACCCGGCGCCGUCUCUGCGUCCCGCGGGACGUCCCGGAUCCCGGCAGACUUCCCAGCAUGCAUCUCUGUCCUACUGGCGACGAUUCAAGACGAGUUUUCACGUUUCGUUUUCCAGUGUCAUAAACUGGUCGGUCCUGCAGUCUCCGCCGACCGACUGGAGGAACGGAGCCGCGAGGCCGAAAUGUUUGGCUGUGGAGUUCACUGGUUCUGAACGGACCUUCCAGAACCAGAACCAGAACCAGCUGCACAUUACCGGCGCCGACCGGCCGGACCUCUGUUGAAUUCGUGUCUCGUUGGGGACAGGAAACUCCGGAGUGACUUUAUGAAAACAGGAAGUGGUGAUAGUGAAUAAAAGUGAUGCUGCGCCGGUCGGAUCAGAACCGGGUCGGAUCAGAACCGGGUCGGGGCGACGCCUCUCCGUCUGGACGCUUUUUUAUGGGACGAGAUUUCACACGAAGAUUUUCCACGAUGAAAAAAAGUUUUCGCUACGCGAGUCGGGUGCCGAAUAAAAACCUUCACAUUGACCACGAUGACUUCCGUGAGUUUGAGCCUUUCGACGGAGAAACCGAUCUUGUUCCAAAAUCGGCGCAACCUGGAGUUGACGCGCUGUCGGUGGUGGGCGUCGACAUGCGGAAGGACAUCAAUGCGGCGCACCACUACACCGGCGAGUACAUGACCAACCUCCUGGUGGUGCGCCGCGGCCAGCAGUUCAUCAUCGACGUUUCCUUCAACCGACCGGCGACGCCACAGGACGACUUCCAGCUGGAGUUUCUGAUUGGCGCCGACCCUGCGGCCAACAAGGAGUCCCUGGUGGUGGUGAACUUCGGUAACCAUUCUGGUGCGGCCUGGGCCGGUCAGAUUGUUGAAGCUCGGGAUACGGUCGUUUCCCUCGGCGUCACGGCAAGUUCCAAGGCCAUCGUGGGCUUGUACCGGAUGUACGUGGCCGUCGCCAUGGGAAACGGGAUGCAGCGGACCGAGAAGGACCCCAACACCAACUUCUACCUGCUGUUCAACCCCUGGAAUCCAGAUGAUGAUGUUUUCUACCCGGAUGAUGCCGGACGCUCUGAGUACGUCCUGAACUCAACGGGUCUGAUUUAUAUGGGCACAUCGGACCAAGUGACGGAGCGCGGCUGGGUUUACGGACAGUUUGAGGAAGGCAUUCUGGACGCCUGUAUUUACAUCCUGGACGCCUGCCGGAUGCCGAUUCCUAACCGCGGUGACGUGGUCAAAAUGGUUCGCACUGCCUCUGCUUUGAUCAACUCCCAGGAUGACAACGGAGUGUUGAUUGGGAACUGGAGCGAUGACUUCUCCAUGGGGACGCCGCCAACGACCUGGACAGGAAGCGCCAGCAUCCUGCAGAAGUACCACACCUCCGGAGCGCCGGUGUCAUUUGCUCAGUGCUGGGUCUACGCCGGCGUCCUCAACACCUUCCUGCGAUGCCUUGGGAUCCCAUCAAGAGUCAUCACCAACUUCAACUCAGCCCACGACAACACGGGCAACCUGAAGACCGAACUCAUCUUCAAGCCGGACGGCACGCCUGACAGACACAACACCCAGGACUCCAUCUGGAACUUCCACUGUUGGAACGAGGCGUUCAUGAAGCGAGUCGAUCUUCCACCAAAGUACUCCGGAUGGCAGGUGGUGGAUGCGACUCCGCAGGAGACCAACGACGGAUAUUUCCGUUGCGGUCCGGCGCCGGUCAUUGCCAUCAGGGACGGUGAGCUGUGUCACCCAUUCGACUGUGGCUUCGUCUUCGCUGAGGUGAACAGCGACCUGAUCCACAUGAAGAGUGACAAGUAUGGCAAUAUGACUUCAUUUAAGGUGGACACGACUUAUGUUGGAAAGCUCAUUUACACCAAGUCACUGAGCGGCCGGCGACCGGAGGACAUCACAGGCACCUAUAAACAUCCAGAAGGAAGUCUGGCAGAUCAGCAGACCAUGGCUCUGGCUGAGCAGUACGGAUGUUCAAGAGACAGAUCCAACUUCCCUGCUUCCAAACUGUCCAUCCACAUUUCAGCUCAGGCGGGCUAUGUGGGCGAGCCUCUGAGGGUUUCAGUGACUUUUUACAACCAAAGUGAGACGAUGAAAUCAGUGAAAGUUCACAUGGAAAUCAGCCCCACCUACUAUACUGGCGUGGUGGCAUCAGAUCCACUGAAAGUCGAGGACUGCAGGUUUGAUCUGGACGGCUUCCAGAGUAGCAUCAAGGUGUUUGAGCUUUCGCCUCAGGAGUACGUCUCUAAGCUGGGCUCUAACAGCAGCCUGGAGGUCACUGUGACCGGACAAACCCACGAUGUAGAGGUGUCAGAGGUCAAGACCAUCGCCCUGAAGCUUCCACCGCUGAACAUAACGCUGAGUGGGCAGCCUCAAGUGAAUCGUGACAUGUACGUCUUGGUUUCCUUCACCAACACCAUGGGCUUCCCCCUCACCGGCGCCAAGCUGGCCAUGGAGGGAGCCGGGCUGCUGGAGACUCAGGUCUACAACUACAGGACGAUUCCUCCUAUGGGCCAAAUAUCCCGCAAGGUCGGGUUCAGACCAACGAAGCCGGGACUCCAGACUCUCCUGGUGGUGCUGGACUGCGACAACCUGCCCGAUAUGACGGCAAUGGUGGAAGUCAAGGUCAUGCCGUGACCUUUGUCCUUUCAUCCAGUGAGAAGAAACAACAAAUUCUACAAGUUACAUUCAUCACCAUCAUUUUUCUUGAAAUCAUCUGAAAUUAUUCUUAAAAUCAACAAAAUGCAUAAAUCAAACUUCAUAUUGAGGAUCAGUGUUUCCAGUAUCAUCAUGUUCAGAUAAUUCAUCAGCUAUAAUCACUUUCUGAAGACACAAAAAUAUAAAUCUGAAAGAUUAACUUAGUAUAAAUGAAAGAAGCUUCAGAUGGAAAAUUGUGUAAAUUGUAAAUUAAAUUUGAAUAAAUCCUGGAUGAGGAUUUCAGAAUAAGAUACAAGUUGGACAAGUUCAGUCCUUGAAUACGUCCUCUUCUUUAUUUCCAUAUUAAGACAAUUUAGAUGCAUUAAAUAUUAUGAGCUUAAAGUGUCACUAAAAAAACACGAUAGUUGAGACAAGGUGGUUCAUUUUGAUUAGUGACUUUAUGUUACAACUAAAAUGUUUUCAGCUUUUAAUUCAUUUAAUAUCAGGAUUUUUCUAUAAAACUUGACUGUUCUGUAAUUUUAUCUUUAGCUCAUUUAAUGACAUUUAAAUUAAAAGAAUUAAAAUUCCCAUUUUUGUCUUUAAUUUCAGAGAAAGUUUGACUAACGCAGCUAAUUUCUAAUUAAUUACUGAUUUAUUUUAUCAAACUUUUAGACAAACUUUGUUCAUUUCUGCCUGGAAACUGAACCUGUUCAGUUUUACCAUCCUGGACCAAAUCAAAUGUGAUUUUAACCUUUUUUCUGUUUUCAUAACAAUAAUGACACUGUGUACUAACAAA